AUGCCGACCUAUCAAGAAAUUGCAGCUGCAUCAGUGCAGUCGCGAAACCGCAUUCGUCAUCAUAUCUACCAAACACCUCUCAUCCCUGCCAAGAAGGUCGGCCGCGAUCUCAAGGCAAAUGUGCUCUUCAAAGCCGAAAACUUUCAGCUCACAGGAUCUUUCAAAGUCCGAGGUGCCAUGUCCAGACUGUCAGCAGCAGGGCAAGGUCGAUUAAUCACUGCCUCAUCCGGUAAUCACGGUAUCGGCUGCGCUUUAGCAUCGCGGACUUUAUCUAGGGACCUGACUGUUGUCCUUCCUGAGAUUGUCGUCCCUGCAAAGUUCAGUGCGAUCAAGUCAUAUGGCGUCGAUGUGAUUCUUCACGGCACUGAGAAUGGUCUCGCCGAGCAGCAUGCCCAGAAGCUUGCGGCCUCGGGUGAUUAUACUUACGUAUCGCCAUACAACAAUCCUGAUAUCAUUGCUGGCCAGGGUACCAUUGGCCUUGAACUACUUGAGCAGUGCGAUCAUAUCGAUAACAUUUUUAUCUCGAUGGGUGGUGGUGGUCUUAUCAGUGGCAUCGGAUCCGUCCUCAAAGCAAACAACCCACGCAUCAAAGUCUACGGUGUUUCAGCGAUCAACUCGAAAGCUCUAGCUGCGUCGAUGGCUGCAGGUCAUGUCGUUGAAACAGAGCAUCUUCCCACUUUGGCCGAUGCUGUUGCCGGUGGCAUGGAUGAGGACAGUAUAACACUUGGACUGGCAAAUGCAGUCGUUGAUGACCUCGUUGACUGUGAUGAAGACGAGAUUAAGGAGGCGUUGAAGGAGCUUGCUUGGUCUGAGAGCAUGAUUGUUGAAGGUUCUGCAGCCUUGGCUCUUGCUGGCUUCAACAAGGUCGCUUCAAAGCUAGCCGGGCAAACCAGUGUCAUACUUCUCUGCGGGUCGAAUUAUGAUCAAGCCACGAUUAGUAAGAUAAUCUCUUCACCAUAA